AUGUCGUCCACCAGCAACGCCUCCAUUGACAAGUUCAACGGAGACAAUUACGCAACGUGGAGCCGGUACAUGCGCGGUGUGUUUUUGACGCAGUCCGUCUGGCACGUCGUCAACCGUGAAGUGACUCCGACUUUCACCGACCCGCGAGCGUCCGAUGACUACGUCAAGGCAAGCAACGUCGCGUUUGGUAUGAUGCUGCUGCACAUAAACGCGGACUACCAUCAUGUGCUGGACAACUGCGAGGAAGCCUGGGUUGCGUGGACAAGUCUGAAGACGCUGUACGGUGGGUCGCAGAAGGCAGGACGCAUCUACCUCAAGCGACAACUUUUCAGCACCAAGAUGGCUGAAGGCGCGAACGUCAUGCAUCACUGCAACGAGGUCCUCAACAUCUCCGCCAAGCUUAGCGGCAUCGGUGCGAAGAUGGAAGACGAAGACGUUGCAAUUUGUCUGCUACUCAGUCUUCCGAAGAGCUACGAAAAUGUGGUGCUCAACAUGGAAAUGAGCAGCGCCGAGCUUCGUAACCAAGAUGUGGUGAGAGUCCUGAUGAAUGAGCAUGCCAAGCGUCAAGGAGAAAAAAGGGACAACGACAGCGACUACGGUGAAGGCUGA